AUGUCUGGCGAUCGGAGCUCGACAGCUAUCAUGAAGGAGCGGAUGCUCAGUGCAUGUGCGGGCUCUUUCUUGACGUCCUUUUUUUUAACUCCUAUGGACGUAGUUCGGAUUCGGUUGCAGCAGCAGGUGAUGUUGCCCGAUUGUUCAUGCGGUGCUGCAUCAGAGUUGAAGGGAUCCGUAGGUACUGAGGUAAUAUAUGAUCAUGUGGUGGCUAACAAGAAUUCGCCGAAGAUCUUCUGGCAAGAUGUGUGUUUCCAAGAUAUUCAGUGUAAGAACAGUGCAUUACGAUUUAACAGUACAUGGGAAGCUUUCACCAAGAUCUCUGAGGUGGAGGGACUAGCGACGCUUUGGAGAGGUCUAAGUAUAACGCUUCUGAUGGCUAUUCCGGCGAAUGUGGUAUAUUUCUCUGGUUAUGAAAUGUUCAGAGAUCAUUCUCCGAUGAGAGAUUCAUACCCUAGUUUAAACCCCUUAUUCUGCGGUGCCACUGCUAGAAUGGUUGCUGCUACCACGGUGGCUCCGUUAGAGCUCAUAAAGACAAGAUUACAGAGUAUACCGAGAUCUAGGAAAGAUACUACGACUCAAAUGAUGUUUAAAGACCUAUUGAAAGAGACAAGAAACGAAAUUCGAUCAGGAGGCUAUAAAGUUUUGUUCAAAGGUCUUGAAAUUACACUAUGGAGAGAUGUCCCCUUCAGUGCCAUAUACUGGGGAUCUUACGAGUUUUACAAGAAGAAUUUUUGGAUAGACUUCAGUGAACAGUGUCUGCGGUGGAACUUGAGCCCCAACUGGGAUUUCUUCAUCAACAGUUUUAUCGGUGGAAGUGUCAGUGGCUCAAGUGCGGCUUUAUUGACCCAUCCUUUUGACGUAGGAAAAACGCGAAUGCAGAUCACCAUGGAUAUAGAGAAUAAGCAACGGAACACGCUUGUAUCACCAAAGAAAAGAGUAUCUGCCAGAGGCAUGUUCAAAUUUUUGUACAAUAUCAAGCAAACGGAAGGUUAUGGUGCAUUAUAUACAGGCCUGAUACCUAGAGUUAUGAAGAUUGCACCUAGUUGUGCAAUAAUGAUUUCCACGUACGAACUCUCGAAGAGGCUCUUCGCUGUUUAG